AUGAAAUGGUUGGUGCUGCACUUGACAAUACUUCUUGUCCUGUUUGCAGCACAAGCAACACACCAAGACGACGUCCGGGACGAAUACGAGCCAACGACGCGUGCGAUCGACAUUGAGCUCUUUACACACGAUGUAUCCUUACACAUGCUCUCUGAUCUCGACAAUAACUUUUCGCAAGUAUCAAAAAAGAUCUUGCUCCAGUUUCGCGAACAAUCAUCCUCCGUCCUCUUGUCCGACCCAUCCUCUUCCUGCUUCGUGUCAUCAUCAUCUUCAUCAUCAUCUUCAUCACCAGCAUCCCUCUCACUGUCGUUGAUCGACCUACCACUCCUCAAAAACCAAGUUAUGGGCGCUGCCGAAUCAUUAAUUGGCGAUAAAUUGUCGGCUGUCUGGAACAUGCUUGACACAAAAUCAUUAUUACACCGACACAUCCAGCAGACGACGCGCCACGUUUGUCCCGACCUGACCCAUCUGUGCAUGGUCGAGAACGAGGACACUGUCAAAAGACAUCUCGACAACUACAUCCAUCGCCAUCUCUCCUCGACCAUCAACCACUUGCUCGAAGACUAUAUCCCGCACCUAUUCCAACUAGCACAGGAACAGGCUACACAAGUUCUCUCGCUCUUUUUCCAGCACCACCACGAUGCAUGUCUCUUCUCCGAGCAACAUGACGACGACAGUAUAAAAAACAAUACCAUCAUUUGGCAUCAUCCUACCACCACCACUAAUACCAUCCCAUUUGUAUUUCAUCAUCAUACUGCUACUACUAGUUCUAUCACUACUACCACCACCACAUAA